GUGUCUAUUGCAAAAGGUGUCCCCCCCCCCUUCCCUUCCUAUUGCUACCGCCAGUGUUGGAUCCUCUGUAAAAGAAAAGGAGGUGGAUGCGCUAGGCCGGACUGACCUAUCCAUCCGUCCGUCUUUUCUUCUUCCUGCCAGGGGCCUUGCGCUGAGCUGGGGCCCGGUGAGGAGGGGGCAUGGCUGCUUCGCCUGGGGCUCAGCAGGCCGCCUGGGGAGCAGCCACGGGCCAUCAAGUGGAAGGUGGUCGGUUGUGAGACUUCUCUUCCUUUUCCUGCCCCGUGAGUGGAGGAGCACCGCUUUCCAUUUCAGCCUCGCCUCUACUAUGUUGCAUUUUCAGCAUCUUUUCUGAUAGCUGUUGCAAAUGAAAAUGGAGGAAAUGACUUUGUCAGGCCUGGAUAACAGCAAGUUAGAGGCUUUGGCUCAUGAUAUUUAUACUGACUUGAUUGAGGAUGCUUGCCUUGGCUUGUGCUUUGAGGUACACCGUGCUGUCAAAUGUGGAUAUUUCUUUCUGGAUGAUACAGAUCCUGAUAGUAUGAAGGACUUUGAAAUUGUGGAUCAACCAGGGCUGGAUAUUUUUGGCCAGGUAUACAACCAGUGGAAGACUAAGGAGUGUGUGUGCCCAAACUGUAGCCGAAGCAUUGCUGCUUCCCGCUUCGCCCCACACUUGGAGAAGUGCCUUGGUAUGGGUCGGAACAGCAGCCGCAUUGCCAAUAGGAGGAUAGCAAGUAGUAAUAACAUGAAUAAAUCUGAGAGUGAUCAAGAGGACAAUGAUGACAUAAAUGAUAAUGACUGGUCAUAUGGAUCUGAGAAGAAAGCAAAGAAGAGGAAAUCGGAUAAGAAUCCCAAUUCUCCUCGAAGAUCCAAGUCCCUGAAACAUAAAAAUGGGGAGUUGAGUGGUAGUUCAGACCCAUUUAAGUAUAACAAUUCUGCUGGAAUCAACUAUGAAACUCUGGGCCCUGAGGAGCUCCGUAGUUUGCUAACUACACAAUGCGGGGUGAUCUCUGAACAUACCAAGAAGAUGUGUACACGGUCUCUUCGCUGCCCCCAGCAUACUGAUGAACAGCGGAGGUCAGUCAGGAUCUACCUCCUAGGAUCCUCUGCCUCACUUCCUGAAACAGAAAGCAGCGUGGAAAAUGAUAGCUUUGAUGUGGCAGAGAGUCAAGCUCUCAUGAGUCGGCUUCAGUGGGAUGGUUCUUCAGAUAUCUCUCCUUCUGAUUCAGCUUCGUCAAAAGCAAGUAAGAAUGUUUAUAGCUGCCUGAGAGAGCAGGCUGAGGUACAAACAACUCUGAAUCUCGAAAAACCAAAAAGAAGAAACCACACAUGAGCCUGGUAGGAGGUGCUCCAGGAAUGAGCUCCAGUAAAAAGAAACUGAAGUCUAAACCACUUGCCCCUCCUACUCCCAGCCUCUAUGAUGACAUAAAUUGAAUAAUGCUGGACUGAGAAAAACAAGGAGGGCCUCCAGAAUCUGUUUUAGUUUCUUUCUGACCCAGAUCAGGAGACAGAUCUGGCUGGUAUCCUCUUAAGUGGUCCCUUGCGGACACCCUUUACAAGAAUUAACUGUGAAGAUAGAUGCUGCAUGUGUCCACUGCCCUCCUCUCAAGCCUCCUACACACAUGGCAUAGCUCUAUGCUCACCAGCUAUAUAAUGAAAGACUAGGACUGCUUUGGGGAGAGUGAGCUCCCACCACUUCUGGGAAAAAGGGAUGGUGGUGAUUUGAGGAGGGCCUUAAAGAUGGAUAGCACCUCCAUCAAUCAGGGAGGAAUUGGUCUCUCUCCUUCUUCCCGUUUCAAUUUCUAUUUAUUGUGAUGUUAGUGGUUGUUCAAUCAUGACUAUAUAUAUGGUGGCAUCAUAUUUGCUUAGCAAUGCUAGAUACUGAAUUGGCAGGGCUAGGAGGCAUCUAUGUGUAUAAACCUGCCUGCUCUUUUGUUGAUUUUAAAGGGUAUGGCAGAAACAAGAGGAAUCAGUGCCCACCCUUUUGUCUUAAGUGUCUACUCUAGUGGUCUCUUUGUUGUCAAGAGAAGUGGCACAAGAUUAUAGAUCAGCCUCUUCCUCUCUGAGGUUUUUGCCUUGUUCAGCUAUCCUAACAUGCUGAGAUGGGUAGAGAGGGUUGAACAGAUGUUGCUGUUGUCACUAUUGUUUCCUUUCCUAACACUAUGUGCUUCUUCACCAGUAGCAUCCCUAAAAUCUUGUACAAAACAAGAUUAAGAAUCUGGGGCUGCAUUCUUCCCGAUAUAUGGAUAUCAGGAAGCUGGUGAUACGUGCUCCUUACUUGUGCUUGGAUACAAAUCUCUAUUUAUCCAAUAUUGAUGAACCAAUACUCCAAGACAUGCUUUACUUUAUGUACGUAAAUUAAUACACAUUUUAAAACAUCCCUGACAAUUGGCUGUAAAUUUGAGUUACUGAAUUUUGAAACAGCUCUAUUUAACAUCUCAUUGAAUCCAGGUAGGGAGAUUGUGCUCUGACCUGCUAGCUAUUAUUAAUUUCUCUUUAACUUACUAUGUUUAAAAUACUAAAACUGUGCUGGAGUAUUAGGGGCAAAAUCAAGAAAGUGAUAAUGGAAUGGGAGGGAGAAUAUAUGCUUUUUUUUUUAGAUUAAUAGUUUUACUAUUUUCCCCUUCACUCUCUCCCAUCCCCCAAAAUAUAUUUUCCCUUUACUUCAUUCCUGCUCUGUUUAGUCUUUUUACAGACAACUGCUGUUUUAAAUCUAGUGCCAUAAAUCAUGAUGGUCUGAUGAUUGUAUAGAUAGAUGCUAGAAAUUGUAGUACUCCUCUUAGGGAAUAUUGCCUCUGCUUUUUGCCUCCGCUUCCUGAAUCUUUACAAUGUGUACAACAACUACACAGAAGCCAUGUAACCAUUUCAAAAUGUGUGCCCUCUUUUAUUCUAAAAGUGUGUCUACCCAUAAGUCUAAUUUACUGAAGCUUAGCUGUUUCCUUCCUAAUGUGAGAAUGUUUGUAGCUAAUUUCUACAGUAGUAGAGCAUCCAAAUUUCUAAUAACAACUGCUUGAAGCUGUUGCCUGGAUUGAGGUGGCUGACAACUUUUUUUGCUUCACUUCCCUCUCUUUGUUCCUAGUAACUAAAAAAAGUCCUUGCUCAAAAGAUGGAGAAAAAUUCCGUGUUUUCCACUGUUAAAAUCUAUAGCUCAAUUACAUCAGGGAAUAUGCUCUAAAAAAUCCCCACCAACUGUCUUGAAGUGAAAAACUUUCAGCACAUGCAGUACUGUUUACAGGAAGAAUCUCUUAAGGGACUGCCAAGUUCUUCUUUCCUUCCCAGAGUUCCACAUGCUUUUCUGGUGCUGUUAACAUGCGGGGGCAAAUUCUGUUUACCAUAGUGCUUGUGUUAAAGCAUAGAUGCUAGAUCAGUUGCUGCUUCUGUUCCUGACUGGAGGAUAUAUGAAUGCCCAAAUUGCUUCAAGUGUGGAAAUAGCAGACAUAGGAAGCCAACAUUACUGAGGUUGGACUUCUUUGUUUGCCAUUAUAUACCUGGGCAAAAGGUAUGUUGCAUAGGGAGUAUUCUGGGACCAAGAUGGGCCUUCCUGAAAGAUCUUGCUGGACAGUGGUAGAAAACCUAGCUUUGUAGCGCUCUGUGUUAAACAAGGAAAACCUGUUUGCAGGAAUCUUGAUCUUUUUCCUUCAUCUGAUCACAAUCUACAAAGCAUUACUCCUUUAUUGCCUAGACCAGGGGUCCUCAACCCUCAGUCUAUGGAUUGGCCACAGCAUGCCAGCAACUGAACCAUGCAAAGAAGCGAAAUCCCAUCAAUGGAAUGCAGGCAGCAUGCAAAACCACACUCCCUCUAGUCCGCGGAAAAAUAUUUCUCCAUGGAACUGGUCCUUGAUGCCCAAAAGUUUGGGGGCCACUUGCCUUGAUUUCAUAGUUAGCUAAUGCUUUUAAAUAUAUGACUCAGUAUUCUAUGAGAGAUAUGUAAGUAUGGAUCAGACAAUUGCCUCACACCUCCUUGUAAUGUAGCUAUUUGAUGUGAUUUGAAUCUUUCCAAGGGAGGUGGGAAAAGCAGGAAGUUUGCUGCUGUUCACUGCCUGAUAACAAGUAGCUACAUACUUAAAUUAUGUAUCAUCAAAAUGCUGGCUAACUUUACACUAUUGCAGCAAUGUAAAGAUAGCCAGUGUGGAAGUAGUUCCUUGUUUGUUUCCCACGACUGCAACUCAAGCUUUUGGGAUCAUGUUUCAGGCAACUUUGGAAGUAUAAACUUUGGGGACUUUUGAACAUUAUUAAUUUAGCAAGAGGAAGGACAGAGGUCAUUUUAUAUAUGGCUCUGCACCUGUACCUGCACCCAUUAUUUUUUAAGGUAGGCCUGUUUCACUUGAAGAAAAAAAAACUGUAUUCUAUCAUGAAUGGAUUAAUGAGAGUUUUUUAAUUUGAUGAUGAUGUAUAAACUGCACCUAUGUGAUAUUUUUGAACAUGUGCAGAAAUCACUGAAGAAAGUACUGUACUGUGGUCUGAUUUUUUAAAAAAUGUUUUAUCUCUAUAGUCUCAGCCUGUACAGGUAGCUAGAUAUUAAUAAAAAAAACACCUGUCAAAUCUGUAUUUUUUUCUUCCCAUUCAUGGAUUGUGAAAUGCUUGUGUAAAUAAACUGUAACUCUGCUUGGUA